AUGGUUUGGCGAAACGAUAGUAAUCGUGUUCGUCGUCGUCUUCCAAACAUUCCAUCUGAAGCGAAAAGUUCUCCAACUUUGGAAAGAUUAAAUUUGGGAGGUAUGCUACCACCUAUUUUAUCAGUUGACCAUGUUGAACGGCCGACACUAUUGGAGAUGGAUGAUGACAGAACGAAGCAAUUAUCCUUCUCAGAACGUUCACUGUUCUCUUGGAGUCCUACAAUUCGAUUAACAUUUCCUAUGUAUUCCACUCAACGGCGCGAACUUUUUACCGAAGAGGGUAUUUUCAAAACAUUUGUUUGCCAUCAGAAACCUUUUACUGUAAAAGGCGAAUUAUUCAAAAAGGGGGUUAAAAUAAAUCUUCCAUUAGCAAAAGUUAAUUUUGAUAAGGGUAAUGUAUAUCUUUAA